CCAAAAUGUCGCCACAGCACGGUUGUGAAAAAAUGCAAGUGAAUUAGCAAAUUGUUAAAUUGUUAAACAAAAUGUGCAAUCAAAGAGCUUAAUAGCCUGGGAUUUGUGCAUAGUGUAGGUGGAAUUUCCGCCGUGAAAGAAGAGCCCGCCUUCUAAAAAAAAACGCUCGAGUGUCUUGUGAUGAAGAUGAAAAAAACCAACGACGCUUCCUCAAAUUUCCACAAAAACGAGCUGGAGGAUGACUUCAAGGUGCACCUGCCCCCGCUGCUGGUGGCUAGGAAGAGGAAGACGCUGGCCAGCCACCGCAAGCAGAGCUUCGACCACCUGAAGGUGAGCUUCACCCGGAGCAAUCGGGGCAACAACCUGCUGACCAUCGACGGGAAGCCCUUCACCCUCAACCGCCGGAUCAAGGACGUCUGCUACUGGGAGUGCGUCAAGCUGCGCUGCAAGUACAUCAAGUGCUCCGCCCGCGUGGUGACCAAGUCCAAUCGGAUCUCGGCCCUUCGGGGGCUCCACAACCAUCCAUAAGUUAUGAACUACCUGUGCCAUCUCAUUAGUCCAAUAAAGGUGUUUCCGUUAAACAAA